AUGUUGCCCACCCCGCCCGCAUCGCCGACGCUCAGUGGAGGAUACGCGCCGCCGCAACAGCGGUUGGGCCAGAUUCUCGCCGGCCGCCUGCAGUUCAUUGGAAUCCUUGGUGAGGGCGCCUACGGAACCGUCUACAAGGCCGUCGAUAUCCACUCCGGAGUCCAGUAUGCUGUCAAGGCCCUGAACAAGCUCAACCUCGAGCCCCGCCAGAGGAAGUUCCAGCAGCGUGAGAUCCAGCUCCAUCACUUGGCCAGUUCGCACCCGAAUGUAGUGUCGCUGGUCAAGAUCAUGGACUCACCUGAGUGCACCUAUGUAGUUCUAGAGUACUGCCCUGAUGGCGAUCUCUUCUCCAACAUCACCGAGCGUGGAAGGUAUGCUCGCGAUGACGAACUUGCCCGGAGAGCCUUCCUGCAGAUUUUGGACGCCGUUGGAUACUGUCACUCCCUUGGCAUCUACCACCGGGACCUGAAGCCUGAGAACAUCUUGGUCACCGACAACGGUAACACGGUCAAGCUCGCUGACUUUGGCCUUGCCACCUCGGAUCCCUACACCUCGGACUUCGGCUGCGGCUCUACCUUUUACAUGUCACCAGAAUGCCAACAGCCCAACCCCAAGGCUUACGCAUCUUACGAGUCGGCACCCAAUGACGUGUGGUCGUUGGGCGUCAUUCUCGUCAACCUGACCUGCGGCCGCAACCCAUGGAAGAAGGCCUCGCUGGAGGACUCCACCUUCCGUGCCUUCAUGAAGGACCCUAACUUCCUCCGGACCAUUCUGCCCAUUUCCUACGAGCUGGAUGCCAUCCUGAGGAGGAUCUUCGACCCCAACCCGGCCACUAGGAUCAAGCUUCCCGAACUGAGGGACCUCAUUCAGCGCUGCCCGAGGUUCACCAAGGCCCCCACUCCCAUCUACGCUCCCGCUCCCAUCUCCACCCCUCCGAUCCAGCCGUAUGACCAGUGCAACCCCGGAUUCCAGCCUGGAAUGAUGCCCAUGCCGCAACCCUACAUGGCCAACUUCGUUCCUCAGGCCCCCAUCUCUCCUCCGCCCUACUCCCUCCAGUACCCCGAGCUGUCCAUCUCUUCUGGAAGCUCCGGGUCUGACACUGGAUCCGUCUUCUCCCACGUCUCUUCCUGUUCCUCGGCCUCGUCGGCCUCUUCCGUUCAGCACGUGAACGUGCCAUGCCAAGGCGCGGGCAUUGCUCCCCACCAUUCAUACGUCCCCAGCCCUGCCAACGCAUGGUUGAGCUCUUACUUCCAGCAGGCCGGAAACCUGGUCAAGCAGUUCUCUCAACAACUGUCCUUCCAAAGGCCCCUUUGCGCCCACUAG